GUGACGGUAGAGAGCAUCUGUGUUUUCGGCUGUUCCACUUUUCUGUAGCUUUUUAAUAUUGUGUGUACACAGUGCUCGCGUCGUCCUUCGGGAUGGCGGCCACACGUCCCGUGCAGCUUCCCGUCGACGCAGUUGACCCAGCUGCUGCUCGGCCGGUUGGUGCCCUCUGUGCUACGACCGUCACCGACGUGGAGCUUCCAGAUUCGGCCGAUGACUCCACGGUGACUGAGAUGUAUUCCGACAGUAGCAGCUUCACGCCUGUUGAAUCGCGCCGCCUGAAAAGGAAGUUGCGCCGGACAUCAACAGCUGGUGAGUCGACUACAAAGACUGUUGACAAACUUGGCGCAUUACGCCGGACAUCAGCAGCGAGGGAGUUGCCUGCAGAGAAUGUUGAUGCACCUGACGGGUUCUCUGUGGCCUUCGUAGCCACAACGGAGACGGCUAAUUUGAAUACCAUCAACAGACAGCGGCUGUCCCAAUUCUUCGACCAGCUGAUUCCGGGACAAGUCCAAGAGGUCAGAAUCAACGCUUGGAAGAAUGUCCUUACGGUAGAUGUGAAAUCUCGGGCGUCCGUGGACAAACUGAAAGAAAUUGGAGUGUUAGGCGGUAUGCCGGUCCGCCCCUAUCUCUCUCACGGCAAACGGACUUCCGCUGGAGUUAUCACAGACGUAGACCCUGAAAUAACGGACAGCGACCUGCGGACACUGAUCAAAUCUACGGCCAAGAUAGUCGACAUUCAUCGUUUCGGCCGAUCACAGUGUGUUAAAGUUGUUUUUGAAGCCGACUCCAUCCCAUCCCACGUCAAGGUGGGCUAUGUGCGGCAUCCUGUCCGUCUGUAUGUUCCAAAGCCUGUUCAAUGCCGCAAAUGCAACAGGAUUGGCCAUGUGAGUGCUGUAUGCAGAAACGACAUAUCCUGCCGUCGAUGCGGCGGAUCACACCAGCAUGACACUUGCAAGACGGAGACAGUCAAGUGCACCAACUGCUUCGGCGCUCAUGAGGCGACGGCUAAAGACUGUCCAAGGAUGAAGAACGAGAGGCUUAUCCUGAAGAAGAUGGUAAAAGAACACUCCAGUCACCAAGAAGCGGCCGCGUCUAUUCGUCGCCGCAAACGUCGUUCCCGACACCAACGCCCAGAGUCACGCGUCACUUGUCUGUCUCAGGCGCCGUCACAGCAACUCUCAGCUCCGUUGCCUCAACGUAUUGAGCUGCAGAAUGAUAAGACGCCGCCUGCUGCAGCGGCCCAUGUUACCACGGUGGUUCAGAAAGAUGCGGGUACAUUAUCCACCUCCUCUGAUGUGGAAUGGCCUGCUCUGUCUUCAAAAGUCGUCGAAGCAACGCGUCCAUCAAUCCGUGCCGGUCCAGUGGACAUUAAGGACAAGCCGGAAGACCAGCAGGUGAACGUUCUUCUAAAAGAACUUUUACAUUCCAUGCGUACGCUGCUUUCAGGCCUCAAUACGCCAACAGCAAGGGUUGUUGUUCAGUUUUUGGAUGCAAUUGAGCCGCUCUUGGCGGCAUUGCAGUGA